AUGGACUCAUCGCUGGGAGAUUCUUCCGGCCCCUCCGCGACACCGGGCGUUCGGGAUGCAGGUUUGAGCCUCAAGUGCAUCAAAGAUAAAAAAGUCCCUGUCGGCGUCACCGUGGUGGUCGCGGCGUUGCUCUUCACCAUCAUCGCGCUGGCGGCUUCUCCCGUCCUUCCUGGCUGCCGGGAAAACGGGAUCGGCUACGGGGAGAAGUGUUUUUAUUUCGUGGAGGACGAAGCGGAUUGGAACCGGAGUCAGAGCUCUUGCCUCGCUCUCGGAGCCCAUUUAACCGCCGUCGACACCCCGCAGGAGCUGCGUUUCCUCUUGCGCUACGGGAGUUCCUCACGCUACUGGAUCGGUCUCCGAAGGGAAGACUCCGGAUCUUGGAAAUGGUUCAAUGGGUCUUUCUUCAACGACGCGUACGUCCCGUCUUCUUCCGGAGAACGUAACCGGGUCCUGGGUCAGAGAUCGUACGCGUGA